AUGGGAAGCCUUUCCCUAGUUUUGGUGGUGUUGCAACUUUCAUGGAGUUUGUCUUCCUCUAUUCCUCCACCAUCCUCUCAUUUAUGUCUCCCACACCAGAGAGAUGCUUUGCUCCAUUUUAAAACCACCAUUUUUGUUGGUUGUGAUUAUCGCUUUUCUGAUUAUUAUAGUGGUUUUGAAGAAUAUCCUUACCCCAGGAUAGACAUAGAGUCAUGGAACAAAAGCAUUGACUGUUGUUCAUGGGACGGAGUGAAAUGCAGCAACGUGACUGGUCAUGUAAUCGGCAUUGAUCUUAGUCACAGUUGCCUUGCUGGAUCUCUCUUUGCAGACAACAGCCUCUUUCAACUUCACAACCUCCAAUGGCUUGACUUGAGCUACAACUACCUCACAGGUUGUCUUCUUGAGAACACUAGCAGCUUGUUUCACGUUCAUGGACUCCGACGACUCAACCUUGCUUGCAACGCUUUCAAUGGUGCUAUCUCAACAGAGUUAUUUAGCCAGUUGGUGAGUUUAACCCAUCUUAAUCUCUCUUAUAAUGGGUUCUUUGGCUUGAUCCCGUAUCAAAUCAAUCUCCUAUCAAGUUUGGUUUCACUUGAUCUUUCCUGGAAUGCUUUGGACUUGAGAUUUGAUGACCAAGGUUUUCAUAUGCUUGCAAGAAACUUCACCAAACUAAGAAACCUUGUACUUACUGGUGUACAUAUGUCUGAUGUUGCACUUACGUCCGUUCUAAACUUGUCUUCAUCACUUGAACAUUUGAGUCUCGGCUGGUGUCAAUUACAUGGGGAAUUUCCAACUCAAGUUUUUCAGCUUCCAAACCUCAAAGUUAUAGAUUUAAGAGGGAAUGAGAAUCUCAGAGGUUAUCUCCCUAACACAAACUGGAGUAGUGGCCUUGAGUUGUUGGACCUUUCCGUUUGUAGUUUUAGGGGGUCAAUUCCAGCAUCAUUUGGAAAUCUCUCUCAAAUCAUUUCCGUUGAUUUACAAGGAAAUUCGCUUGAAGGACAGAUUCCAGAUGUUUUUGGAAACCUUAGAAAAUUAACUUCUCUAAGCUUUUCUUCAUGCAAUUUGAGUGGUCCACUUCCAAUAACUAUCUUCAACCUCACAAAAAUUGCCCGUUUGGAUUUGUCAAAUAAUCACUUGGAAGGUCCCUUGCCAAAUCAGGUUAGUAAGCUUCAAUUUCUAGAGGAACUUUGGUUAUAUAAUAACUCUAUAUGUGGUGGUGUACCAUCUUGGCUGUUUACUCUGCCAUCUCUUCCAGUCUUGCGCCUCUGUUAUAACAAACUAGUUGGUCCGAUUGAUCGAAUUCAGAAGACUAGUUCCAUCCAAGAGGUUGAUUUGAGUUAUAAUUGGUUCAAUACCGUAUUCCAUAUUUUAUCUUGUGAACCUUACUUCACUUGA